UGUCUGCAAACGCGGAAACGCUUCAGCCAUGAAAACCGAAAAGAAACCCAACGAGCCCAGCUGUUGUCCACCUACCACGGUUGUCAAGGAUGAGCCUGACGCCGACCCUGUCAAAAUCAAAGAAGAAGGCACUGGUGGCAAUGACGACGCAACUGGAGAGGACACUUCCGAGUGUCCAAGAGAUUCUUGCUUGGAUCCAUCUAACGGCGAGGGUACAAUGCCUGGAGAGAAUCAGAAUACCAAUGGUAACCAGCCCAUUCUAAAUUCUGUCAAACAAGAGGGAGACCCUAACAAUCCCGAUGAUCUACCUGAUUAUAGUGGAAAUGUUAUUACAGCAGACAGCAUUCAACCACUUGUUAGUAAUGUUGUGGGCAAACCAAUGGGAACUAGUACAAGCAGUGGAGAGGGUCAAUACAUGCAACAACAGAGUCAAGUUUUUGUAUUUUCUACGGCACUGGCGAAUAAAGCUGCAGAGACAGUAUUAAGAGGCGAAUAUUCUUCUAUCAUCGCUUAUCACAGUGCGCAACCAGGCACUAAAAAAUAUUUGGAGAAACAUCCAAAUAAAGUAACUCAAUCAUUUCGACAAAAUCCUGCUCAAUGGUUAAAUAAUAUUGCUAUGAUGAAACAGAAAGGCCCUCAGGGAAAUGCGAAUAAUACUUUCCCGACUGAACAACCCCCGGAUUUACCAGCACUAGAUCCAAAUGCUCCACAAUUUUGGAACGAACAACCUAACUUGCGAAACUUAAACGGUGGAAACUCUCUUGGUAAUUCUGAACCAUCAUUGGAUGAUGGAAAUAUAGACGUGCCUUGCCUUGUGCCGAAUUCACCUGGUAAUUCAGCCAAUCCUCAACCUGUUAAUAAUGCUACUAUGGGCCACAGUCCAAAUUUAUUAGGUGGCACAACGAGCCCAGGUCCAGGAGGUUUACAACCAUCUCUUCAAGGUGUCAAAGUUCCAGACGAAAAUUUGACGCCGAAACAGAGGCAGCACAGAGAAGUCCAACUAGCGACCUUACGAAAAAUGCAAAUGAUGUUAUUUCCUGGUCCCAAGGAGGACCAACCUCCUGGCAAUACUUUAACAGAUACAACGCAAGGAACGACAGUGUCAUGUCCCUCCACGAAUGUUCCUCCUGUUGGUAUUCCAAAUCAGUGUUCUCCGUCUAUGGAUUGGCAUAAAUUGCAGCAUCAAUUUCUGGAUGGAAAAAAUAAGGCAACUGUUGGUAAUCCUGGUGCAGUACCAUUGCGCGGUACCAAUAUGGUUGGAGUACCACGAAGUCAAGGCCCGCCACCACCGUAUCAUCAAACAACUCGAUCCGCCAGCGUGCCGAUUGCGAUUCAAAGCCCGAAUCCGUCGUCGCCCAAUAACCCAACCAGUAAUCUGUCACUACCUUCACCACGCGCAAGUUCCGCUCUGAAUUCACCGGCGGACUGCAAUAGACAGUUUCAGCUUGGUAAUCAGAGAACCAGCCACUUACCGGGACAAAGUCCGACAAGUCAAGACUCUCCGAAUCCGACGGUUGCGACAGCAGCCGUGUCAACGACGCGAUUGAAUCACAGCAAUCCAGGAACACCAGUCUCUCAUUCCCAUAUUGCUGCCCUUAGUCCUAGUGGUACUACUGCUCAAAAGGAUGGUUCCCUCGAUUUUCCUUCUAAUCAACAACCAAACGUGGAUGGUAUGUUUUGCCGAACGCUACAAUCCUUAGCUCAACAAAAGCAGCAACAUGCUGGAAACGUUAAUCCCUCGGCCGUAAAAGAAGCAAAUCUGAUGCCAGUGCCGAGUCCUCAUCAACUUCAAUAUCUUAGCACGUUCGAAGGACAGGAAUUGACCAUUCAAAAACAACCUAAUACGAGUUUGAAAGAUGGCAAUUCAUCAACGAACACCGGUAAUUCUGCUGAGAUGCCCAAUAGAAUCUUGUCAGGAAGUCUAGAUAACAACAAUCAAUUCCCUACUAGAUCGGAGGGCGCGAGUCCUGUACAGAUGGACAGCAUGAAUCGAGGAUUCGCGGGUUCCCUGCAUAGUCCUCAUACGCCGCACACGCCGCAUACGCCGGGUAGCGCUGCGCCGCACACUCCAGCGGAUUCCGCGAAAACGGGCAACAAUAAGUCCAGUGCGAGCGCGCAAAGUAGUCCGACGCCACACAACACCAGUAUACCCGACAGUAUGGGUCCACCACGAACAGUACCGGCAUCGCCUACUAUGAAACCCGAUACAUCACCACCGUCCGCAAAAGAUGUUCAGCAGCAACAGCAGCAGCAACAACAAACGCAGUCGCAGCAACAACCGCAGCAACAACCUCCGCAACAACAGCAGCAACCUCCGCAACAGCAGGCUACGGUGGUAAAUCCGAACAAUUCUGGUAAUACGACAGUAUUAUCUUCACUGAGCGGCGGUCCCGCUAGUGCCGCUUCCUUUCCCUGCGGCAGGCCGUCCAUUAACGCGAGUCAACCAUCUGACAACGUUCCUCUCAAUCCUAACAACAUUGGCGGACGACUUGGCGGCUUAAACACUAUGGGUACGAAUUUCGAUCCUAUAACGUCUCUGGCGCAGAUGAGUCAGCAGCUCACGAACACAGCGGCGAGCAAUUCGUUGGGCAACGAGCCCAUGCAUUCCGGCAACGCUGCUGGCAUGAUGCCGUUUGGCAAUCCACAUACCGGCAUGCACAUGAUGCAGAUGGGCAGUGAAAUGAACGGUAGCUGUCAUAUGGGUGCACCUGGUGGAGAACCGGGCAACGAAGUCGGCGGAAUGUGCAUGGGUCUUGCGGGUCCUCCAACAAGUUACAGUCCUACCACUUCGCAUACAGGCAGUCCUGGCGUGGUUCCUAGUAAGAUGGGCCAUCCCGGCAUGAUGGGUGGUCAUGGGAUGAUGGGCGGCCACUCGGGUGUUGGUGCAGGCGGUGGUGCUUAUCCUGGAAGUGACCCUGGACACGCACCUCCGCCAAGACUGAUAACCGGUCAUGGAGUGGCAGGGCCUAGUCCUUACAAUGGCGCAAACGUCCAAGUAAAACCAAAUGCACCCAACACUAUACAGUACUUGCCAGCCAGGCCAAACGUUGGUCACGCGCCUCGAGGCCCACCCAGUUUGGAUUUUCUUCAGCGAUUUACUAAUCCGUUAUCUAAUCUGGAGUCGAAAAUGGGAGGGACGCCUUCUGUGAACCUUCAGUACUUCCCGAACGGUUGCAUGCCGAAUAGCAUGGGGGGUCCGCACAGCGGUAUGCCGUCCAAUAUGAAUGCCGCCGGAAUCCCUGGUAUGGGUGCCUCACCUAGAAUGGAUAGUCAAUCCAUGAACACUUCCGGCACUAUGCACCCGUCUAUGAGACCGGUUGGCAACAUGCGACCGCAACCGAAUUUGAUGCGGAUGCAGCAUAUGGUAGGUGGUGGCGUCUUCCCAGGCGGUUCAAUGGAUUCCGACAAAGUCUUCCCACCUGACAUGGUAUCGCAAAAUUUGCCGAACCAGCCGAAUCCAGGCAUGUACGGCGUAUCUGGCAACAAGGCUAGUCCGAUGGGAUUGGGACCACCGCCCGAUGCUACGCAGCCUCUACCGCCGAGCAUGGGUGGCGCGACAAGCAAUUUCAAAACCGGCCCAUUCGUCGGCAGCGGACCCAGCAUGUCCGAUCCAAAUUAUGCUCAACAGUUUCAUAACUUCCAGCAACAGCUUUACGCCACUGGUACCAGAGGCAGCGGACCGCCGCAUCCUAAUCUGCAUCCACCGCCGAAUUCGCAUUCGCAUCAACAAUUUUUCAUGCCGAAGUGAACGCUGCUCGGUAUUGAUCCAUAUCGUAAUAACGAUGAGAACGAGAAUGACGACGGGUACAAGGAUUUGACGGUGGCCUUUCAUCCCUCUUUCUCUCUCUCUCUCUCUCAAUAUCUCUUUUGCUCUCUUUCUAUCUAUCCAUCUAUCUUUAUCUCUAUCUUUCGUCUAUAAGCAGGGAUGUUUCUAUUAGUCACGCGAGAUGGUUCUGGAAGUGUAAACUGUGCUAGCCAUGUUGUAAAGGACAAAGAAAGAUCGGGCAUCGCUGAGUUACCUUCAAGAAUAAUCUUAACGACUGACGUGCGACGAAAAUUUGAAUUAACUCUGAUUUGUAUAUGAUGUUUAUAUUAUGCAAGACUGUUUUUCUCUUUAAUUUUUGGAUCGUAACACACCGAAUGUAGUAUUUUCAAAUUUAUUAUCUUGACAUCUUGGAAGUGUCGUUUUAAAAGCGAAAAUCUUCCGGAACUAUUUGUAAAUCCUAAAUGUUGAUGGAGACGCAUGAAUAUUCUGCUACACAUUCUUGUAAAUACUGAUGUACAAUCUGGUUUUUCGUUUCUUUUUCUUUUUAUAGAAGUCGUUAUUUCAGCAAUCGAGAAGCAUAUUGCUAGAUUAUAAGAAAUAUGUUACUACAGCUCGAGUGUAAAAAAAUGAGUAAGAAAAGUGAGAUUUUCUUUUUGCGCUUUGUUCAUAAUGGUUGUUCGGGGUAAAAUGUGUGAAAGUGCAUGGUACAAUGAAUAAGAGGAUUCUGGUACAUUGGUGCCGUAAUUCAUCCUUCCUUUAUCACUAAAAUACUUAAACACAGUCAAACCAGCUCAAAUUUAUUAUUGUACAUAUAUACCAUAUACAUAUUAUACAUAUUAUAUAUAUUAUAUAUAUAUUAUAUAUACCUGUUGCAACAUAAUCCUUCAAUAUCGCCCGUCCUCAAUGCUCCUCAUCAAUCCUUCCUAUGACCAACUCUGUGCAUAAUCAUGACUUUCUCCUUCUCCCUUCCCCAAUCCUACCCGUAGUUUACAAUAUAAGAAAAAAAUUAAUUGAACUAAGAACAAUUAUGUUGUUGAUGAAUGAUUUUUAUUAUAAAUGAAAAAUAAAGAUAUUUACAAGAA